UGGGACCAACUGGUUCUUGAAAAUCAUAGCCACAACGCAGUUGCCUCGCCUCCCAAUCAAUGAAUCAAUCUUUAGAGUCUCGACAACUAACCCCCUCCCCUUCUCAAUCGCUGGCCCUGUCCAGGUUCUUCAGAGAGCGUUGCUGAAGCAGUCUGUGGCGGUGGCCAUCUCCCGUCGACGAACCACGGCGAUUUCGACUGCAUCUGGGUUGUUGCCUUCUCAAUUGCCGGCCCAAUCCUGAUUCUUCAAAGGAAGUUGACGAACCAGAGCCCAGAAAGGCUUGGAGUGCAUCAUCGGUGUUGAUACAGAUGAUGAAACCCCAGAGGCUUGGACUGCAAAAUUCGCCGCCAACCAAUCUCCUGACUACCAGAGGCUUGGACUGCAUCUCCGGGGUCCAUGAAACAGAUGAAGAAGCACUUGAAUUGAUUCGCCUGUCCAAUUCUUCGGAGGGCGUUGAUGAAUCAGUGGUGGUAUUGAUGAGAGAGCAGGAUCUUCAUGCUCCCCCUUGUCAUAAAUACCAGGUAAGUCUUUUGUUUAGUGCAAACCAAUUUCCUUGACUUAUGCCAAGAUGUUGCUUACAAUUUGCGGAUCCUACCAAAGUUCUGAUGGGGGACAAGUUCAGUUUAUGCACCAUCAGCCUCCAUUCUUUUUUAUUGUGCUGAAACGCAAUAUGAACUUCCAAUUUUUAGAUUCAACAUCUAUUCCCUUUUGUCUUCUUUUCUCUUGUGUGGAAGGAGAGUUACGAAAUAGACCAGGCAUAAACUUUUCCCUUCUUGUGCUUACAGAAGCCCAUGGUUUUACCUUGGAGGUUACUGCCCUGGUAGUGCAUAAUCUUAGCGCUGAAAUUGAAGUCGUCCUCAGUGAAUAUGGCUAUCACAAACGUUUUCAUGGAAAGUCAUCUGCCACCGCUUGGUGAAUCCACAAAAGCUUCAGACAGAAGCCGUGAGUCUGUUUUACAUCUUUUUGCUUUGUUGCAUUAGCAUUCCAUUCGAAUGAUAUGUGCAUGAUGAUCCUCUCAGUAGCAGCAUUCAUGCUUGCUGGCCAUUGAGAGUUGUUUACGGUAUCCUUCCAUGUAUGUUUUUACCAAUUUUUUCUACACUCAAUUGCGGUAAAGUCUGCAAGGGAGACUGCAUUUGGAGGGUCAUUGAGAGUUGUUGAAUUGUGGUUAUUUAACUAUUCAUGCUAUUAGUCGUGUGAAUUGUCUGAUUAAUUAAAAAUUUAUGUACUGUCGGCCAAAAUGUUCUAUGGCUUUGAAAUACAAGAGGGAGACAAGGUUGGUCUCUGGAUUUCAUUUUGGUUAUGAUGUGGUGCCUUGCUGGAACUUAAGGCCAGGGUUGAAAAUCCAAACAAGUGUGGAAUCCUUGAGUUAUGGACAUUGUUCGAAUGCUUGCUGAUAUAACUUUAUACUAACCAAAGCUUACGUCCAUCCUGAUUAUGGAUCUUAAUUCAUAAAUGAAACAAACACAAGGAUGGAUGGUAUAUCUGUCAGCACACCUCAGAAUCCAGUACUCAAUCGCAGUCCCCAAGCUAUAACACUUCAAGAGCUUGCUGGGCUUUAUGGUCACAAGCUCAAAUCUGAAACCUUCUUCUCACCGCCGACAUCCAUUCUUGCCACCACCGGAAAUACAGUUACCGACUCCGACUCCGACUCCGACUCCGGAGGAAGCGAUCAUCUUCCUUUGAUCUCGCAUCGUCUCUCUAUUCUGCUCUUUAACCAUCCCGGACACAAAAUCGGAGCGGAAGGCAUCGUGGCUCCCGCUGAUUAUAUAAAAGAAAGUGAUAAUUUGGUGUCUCUUCAUGAACAAAUUCGUGACUGCCACAGCAUCUUGUCACAGAUGGAGACCCUCCUCAGUGGGUUCCAGGAUGUGCAACCUGAGCUUGAGAAGCUGAGGCAGAAAGCAGUUUCCAAGGUUUUUGAUUUCAUUAUUCAGAAGCUUCAAGCUCUGAGAAAACCUAAAACGAAUAUCCAGAUCCUUCAACAAAGUGUUCUUUUAAAGUACAAGUAUGUCAUUUCCUUUUUAAAAGAGCAUGGCAAGGAAGUGUACACUGAAGUUCGCACUGCGUACAUUGACACAAUGAACAAGGUUCUAAGUGCAUGUUUUCGUGCAUACAUUCAAGCGCUGGAGAAACUACAGUUCGAUAUAGCAACUUCGAGUGAUUUAAUUGGUGUGGAGACCGGAAGUAUUGGCUUGUUUUCGAGAGUCAGAGAGCCGCUGAAAAAUCGAUCAGCUGUUUUUGCUUUGGGAGAUAGGAUUAAUAUCUUGAAGGACAUUGAGCAGCCAACAUUGAUUCCACAUAUAGCUGAAGCCAGUUCCCAGAAGUAUCCUUAUGAGGUCAUCUUCGGGAGCUUACACAGGCUACUACUGGAUACAGCCACUUCAGAGUAUCUUUUCUGUGAUAACUUCUUUGGGGAAGAGGCCAUGUUUAAUGAAAUAUUUGCUGGUCCCCUUACUGUGAUUGAUGAGCACUUCAAUUCCAUACUGCCAAACAGUUAUGAUGCAAUGGGCGACGAGUUCCCUGUUUGGACUCAUAUCUUGACAAGGCAGGCCCUGAAGGUGAGAAAAUUCAAAUUCAUUUUGAGGAACUGCUGAAGAGCAAUACAGCAUUGUUCGUGGAGGAACUCUUUGUGGAGCAUUUUGCGGACCUAAUCAAGUUCGUCAAGACACGAGCUUGUGGGCAUUUCAACCGAACAACAAAGAUGAGCCAACCGAGGAAAACAAUGAAGAGGACGAAAGCAAUAAAGAUAAGUCAACCCAAAAAAGCAAUAAAGAGGACAAGUGCACUGACGAGGAAGAGCGGCAGUGAAAAUGAGCCAACCAAAAAAUCUUGUUGAACUAUUUAGUCCUUAGUACUUAGUUAUGUCUGUUUGCGUUUGUGCUUAUGUAUUUUUCAAUCAGAAUAUGAUGAUGCAUUGGUGUGGACUACAUGCAGCUCAACUUAAGUUAGUACUUAGUUAUGUCUGUUUGCGUUUGUGCUUAUGUAUUUUUCAAUCAGAAUAUGAUGAUGCAUUGGUGUGGACUACAUGCAGCUCAACUUAAGCAUUGAUUAGACAAAUUUAAUCGUGUUAUGGAUG